AUGGCGCCUGUAGAAGUACUCAUGGUCGGUACUGGAGAGUACACGACAGGAUUCGUCGGAGGGGGCGCCUCCAAGUCGGACAAGAAGGUCGGUGUCGUAGGCCUGACGCUGUUCGACCUUCGAAGACGCGGCAAAGUGGGCAAGCUGUCUAUGGUGGGCACAUCGGGCGGCAAAUUCCCCGCAAUCCGCGAGCAUCUCCAGAAGAACAUUUCCGAGGCAUACAACAACUUGGACGUGUCAUUUGAGGAGUUCCCAAAGGAAGGCAAAACCGAUCCGAAUGCGUACAAGACAGCGAUUGACGCGCUUCCAAAGGGCAGUGCUAUCACCAUCUUCACACCUGACACCACUCACUACCCGAUCGCUCUGUACGCCAUCGAACGCGGAAUCCACGUCCUCAUCACGAAGCCCGCGGUGAAGCUCCUGGAACAUCACCAGGCGCUUUUGGCAGCUGCGAAGAAACACAAUGUCUUCGUUUACAUUGAGCACCACAAGCGAUACGAUCCUGCGUAUGCUGAUGCGCGUUUCCGGGCGCAGAAGCUGGGCGAUUUCAACUACUUCUACUCCUACAUGAGCCAGCCAAAGAGCCAACUGGAGACGUUCAAGGCCUGGGCGGGUAUCGAUUCUGACAUCUCCUACUACCUCAAUUCUCACCACAUCGACAUCAACGAGUCCAUGAUCCCCGAUUGGAAGCCAGUACGCGUCAUGGCUAGUGCUGCAAAGGGCAUUGCAACAGGGCUGGGCUGCGAUCCUGCUACCGAGGAUACCAUCACACUGCUCACCAACUGGGUGAAGAAGGAUGACCCUAGCAAGGUCGGAACAGGUGUUUACACAGCUGGCUGGGCAGCGCCUCAGAAAGCCGGUGUACACUCGAAUCAGUACUUCCACUACAUGGCAUCUACAGGAGAAAUCCGCGUCAAUCAGGCCAAGCGCGGUUACGACGUUACUGACGACGAGGGUGGUCUCCUCUGGUACAACCCAUUUUACAUGAAGUACGCUCCCGAUGAGGAGGGCAACUUCGCAGGCCAGAUCGGCUACGGAUACAUCUCUUUUGAGAAGUUCGUUGAUGCCGUCAACAAGCUCAACGCAGGCGAGGUCACACUCGAACAGCUAGACGCGCGGCCACUCCCAACCCUGAAGAACACUAUCGCGACGACCGCAAUUCUCGAGGCAGGCAGAAGAUCGCUCGAUGAAAACAGGCCGAUUGACAUCAUUGAGGAAAAUGGUGUCUGGUCUUUGAAGUAG